AUGGCAGACCUCGAUCUUACUUUGCCUACUGUCCUUCUUAUCAUCGACAACCACGCUGCCUUCGACAAUGAAGCCUACUGGGGCAAACGGUCAAACCCGCAAUAUAAAGAGAACACCACGUUACUGGUCAACGCAUUUCGAGCUGCGCAUACCAAAAGUCCUCACAUCGAAGUCAUCCACAUCGGUCAUUCCUCAACAGAUGUAAACAGCGUCCUACAUCCAGAUCAUCCAGACGGCGGCCCGACCUUUUACCCGUUUACCGAACCUAUCCCUGGAGAGCUGGUGAUCUGGAAGAACGUAAACUCUUCUUUUAUUGGGACUGACCUGGAGAAGAGGCUGAGAGAGAAGGGCGUGCGGCAGCUUGUUAUAUCGGGUUUGACGGCGGAACAUUGCGUAUCAACCACCACUCGUAUGGCCGGCAAUCUAGGGGUCACAAAUGCGCCAGACGACAGUGGGAAUGGGCGAGUGAUCCUGGUCAGAGAUGCAACUGCUUCGUUUCCGUGUGGCAUGUAUGACGCGGAUACGAUUCACGGUGUCUCUGUCGCGACCUUGGAGGAAUUUGCAGAAAUUGUCAAGACAGCAGAUGUUUUGCAGGGCCUGCAGUCUCUUCAGUGA